AUGCCUCUGCGCGGCCACCUCCUCCCUGCCGUGGUCAUGCUCCUGGGGGUCUCUGUCCUGGAGAACAGCGGGGCCUCCCUACCCCAGGCCACCUGGCUGUCUCUGCUGGCAGCAGGGUCCCCCAGCUGGGCCUGGGUCCCCAACCACUGCAGGACCCCCCUCGAGGCCGUGUGCAACUUUGUGUGUGACUGCAGGGGCUGCCCCGACGAGGCGCAGUGCGGUUACUACGGGGCCUCACCCAGCCCGGGCGCCCCCUUCACCUGUGACUUCGAGCGGGACUCCUGUGGCUGGCGGGACAUCAGCACCGCGGGUUACCGCUGGCUCCGAGACCGCGCAGGGGCCUCGCCGGAAGGGCCAGGGCUGCGCGCGGACCACACUCUGGGCACUGACCUUGGCUGGUACGUGGCAGUCGGCACACACCGCGGGAGGGAGACGGCCACCGCGGCCCUGCGCUCCCCUGUCCUGCACGAGGCCGCCCCCACCUGCGAGCUGAGGCUCUGGUACCACGCGGCCUCAGGAGAUGUGGCCGAGCUGCGGCUGGAGCUGACCCACGGUGCGGAGACGCUGACCCUGUGGCGGAGCGCAGGGCCCUGGGGCCCAGACUGGCAGGAGCUGGCGGUGCCCACUGGCCGCAUCCGGGGUGCCUUCAGGGUGACCUUCUCUGCCACGCGAAAUGCCACCCACAGGGGCACCGUGGCCUUGGACGACGUGGCCUUCUGGCGCUGCGGGCUGCCCACCCCCCAGGCACACUGCCCCCGGGGGCACCACCGCUGCCGGAACGAGGCCUGCGUGGAGCCCCCCCAGCUGUGUGACGGGGAGGACAACUGCGGGGACCAUUCGGAUGAGGAUGCGGCCCCCUGCAGACACUACAUAGCCACCAAUUUUGAGAUGGGCCUCGGCCUGUGGAACCACUCGGAGGGCUGGACCCGGAAUCACAGUGCCGGCGGCCCCAGGUACCCCGCCUGGCCACGCGGUGACCACACCUGGAACAGCGCACAGGGCUCCUUCCUCGCAUCCGUGUCCGAGCCCAGUGCCCCAGCGGUCCUCUCCAGCCCCGAGUUCCAGGCCUCGGCGCCCCACAACUGCUCGCUCGUUUUCUAUCACUACCUGCACGGGUCUGAGGCCGGCUGCCUCCAGGUGUUCCUGCAGACGACGAGCCCUGCAGCCCCCCAGACCCCCAUCCUGCUGCGCAGGCGCCAUGGGGAGCUGGGGGCCGCCUGGGUCCGAGACCGAGUUGACAUCCAGAGCGAGCACCCCUUUCGGAUCCUCCUGGCUGGGCAGACAGGCCCGGGAGGCGUCGUGGGCCUGGAUGACCUCAUCCUGUCCAACCACUGCAAGCCAAUCCCAGAGCUGGCGGGUCCACCUCCAGGGUGCCGGGCCCCAGGCCCCUGGCCCCAGCCAUCCAGCCUGCGGCCGCGGAGCUUCUGCGAGCCCGGACACUUCUUCUGUGGGGACCUGUGUGUCUCCCCGGAGCAGCUGUGUGACUUCCAGCAGCAGUGCCCGGGCGGCGAGGACGAGCAGGACUGCGGCACCACAGACUUCGAGUCACUCUCAGGCGGGGGCUGGGAGGACGCCAGUGUGGGGCGGCUGCAGUGGGUGCGCCUCCCGGCCCCGGACAGGGGGGUGCCCAGCCCGGAUGCCCACGGGGCUUCUGGGCACUUCCUGGCCGUGCAGAGGGCCUGGGGGCAGCUGGCCGAGGAGGCCCGAGCACUCACACCCACCCUCGGCCCCUCGGGCCCCCGCUGCGAGCUCCGCCUGGUUUACUAUCUUCAGAGUCACCCCCAAGGCUUCCUGGAGCUGGUCGUGGUGGAGGGCACCCGCCGCGAGCUGGUGUGGCAGGCCCUGGGCAGCACCGCUGGGGGCUGGAAGGUGGACAGGGUCCUUCUCGGGGCUCGCCGCCGGCCGUUCCGGCUGGAGUUGGUUGGGCUGGUGGACGUGGACGGCCCCGGGCAGCAGGGCGCAGGGGUGGACGACGUGACCCUGACGGGCUGCAGCCCCGCAGUAGCCACUGAGGAAGGUUCAGAGGUCUCCUGUAACUUUGAGCGGGGGGCCUGCGGCUGGCACACCAGCCACCUCACAGAUGCCCACUGGCACCGGGUCCAGAGCCGUGGCCCGAGGUACGACCACACCACGGGCCAAGGCCACUUCGUGCUCCUGGACCCCACGGACCCCCUAGCCCGGGGCCCUGCUGCCCACCUGCUCACCCAGCCCAGGGCGCCCUCAGCCCCUCAGGAGUGCCUCUCCUUCUGGUUCCACCUCUUCGGGCCCCAGAUUGGGACCCUGCGCCUGGCAAUGAGGCGAGAGGGGGAGGCAGAAACGCACUUGUGGUCACGGUCUGGCACCCACGGCAACCGCUGGCACGAAGCCUGGGCCACCCUCCACCACCAGCCGGACACGGGCGCCAAGUACCAGCUGCUGUUUGAGGGCCUCCGGGAUGGGUACCACGGCAGCAUGGCGCUGGACGAUGUGACCCUGCGGCCUGGGCCCUGCUGGGCCCCCAGGCGCUGCUCCUUCGAGGACUCGGCCUGUGGCUUCUCCGUGGGGGGCCGGGGCCUCUGGACACGCCAGGCCAACGCCUCGUGGGGCCCCCACGCUGACCACACCACGGAGACAGCUCAGGGGCACUACAUGGUCGUGGACAUGAGCCCGCAGGCUCUGCCCCGUGGCCACGUGGCCUUGCUGACCUCGGAGGAGCAGCGGCCCCUGGUGCAGCCCACCUGCCUGACCUUCUGGUACCACCUGAGCCUCCGCAACCCAGGCACCCUGAGGGUCCACGUGGAGGAGGCCGGCAGGCAGCAAGUACUCAGUGUCAGCUCCCGCGGAGGGGCCGCCUGGCGCCUGGGCAGCGUGGACCUGCAGGCCGGGGAGGCCUGGAGGGUGGUGUUCGAGGUGGUGGCCGCCGGCGUGGAGCACUCCUACGUGGCACUGGACGACCUGCUCCUCCAGGAUGGGCCCUGCCCCCUGCCAGCUUCCUGUGACUUCGAGGCUGGUCUGUGUGGCUGGAACCACGUACCCCGGCCCGGCCUGGGCGGGUACAGCUGGGACUGGAGCAGCGGAGCCUCGCCCUCCCGCUACCCACAGCCCCCCGUGGACCACACCCUGGGCACAGAGGCAGGCCACUUCGCCCUCUUCGAGACCAGCGUGCUGGGCCCGGGGGGCCGAGCGGCCGGGCUCAUCAGCCAGCCUCUGCCCCCCACCGCGGCCUCUUGCCUGCGCUUCUGGUACCACAUGGGCUUCCCCGAGCACUUCUACCAGGGCAAGCUGAGGGUCCUCCUGAGCAGCGUGCAGGGGCAGCUGGCCGUGUGGGGCGCGGGUGGGCUCCACAGGCACCAGUGGCUGGAGGGCCAGGUGGACGUGGCCAGCGCCACCGAGUUCCAGAUUGUGUUUGAAGCCACGCUGGGCGGCCAGCCGGCCCUGGGGCCCAUCGCCCUGGAUGAUGUUGAGUAUCUGGCUGGGCAGCGGUGCCAGCUGCCCACACCCAGCCAGGGGGACGGGGCGGCGGCUGCGGCGGUGCCGGCUGCAGUCGGCGGGGCCCUCCUCCUGCUCGUGCUGCUGCUGCUCGGCGUCGCAGGCCGGCGCUGGCUGCAGAAGGGGGGCUGCCCCUCCUGGGGCAAGGCGGACGCCGUGACUCCCGGCUUCGACAACAUUCUCUUCAGUGCGGACCGCGUCACCCUGCCAGCAUCAGUCCCCAACGACCAGUAGACGAGCCAGAGAAGACCUCAGCUCCUCACAUGAGCUCACCCACCACCAGGACCCGGGGCCAGGGACCAACACCUGCCUCCCUCCCAAUACAUUGA